GGCUUAGCACCUCUCAUACGCGCUGCAGAACUAGGGUACUGGGAGGAGGCCGACCUUCUGCUCAACUUGAGAUCUGUUGACGUUUCAUGUCCCAUCAAAGGCGGUACGACAGCCUUGUCCAUCGCGAUCAGCCGGGGAAAUGACUUGAUCGUGAAGCGGCUUUUCGUUCUAUCGAACAUUGAUAUCAAUGGUCGAAGCCCGACAAGUCAGUGCCCACUUGAGGUGGCUCUGGAGUACCAGCAGUAUUACAUCUUCCAACUUCUCCUCUCGGACCCUCGAAUCAUGAUCAACAAUAAGAACAAACUGGGCCAAACCCCACUUUAUCAUGCGGUAGAAUACGGGGAUCACGUGGCAUAUCAACCAAUGUUCGAUGACCUUGGGUCAUGGUCGAUAUUGUUCCCGGCUUAG